CCCUGAGACGAAGAAAAGCCUUACAUUUUACCUUAAAGAGACAGAUAUCUCUCCAACCUGCUGAAAGGAUGUCCAGCAGGAAGAGGAGACCUAACUGGACAGACCAAGAAAGUCUUCUUCUUGCUCAGUUAAUGCAGGAAAAGAAAGAAAUUAUCAGAGGGAAGUACAGCACUGGGGUAUCAAUUCAAGACAAGAGACAAGCUUGGGAAGAGAUUGUCCAAACCAUCAAUGCUGCCUUUCCACAGGUUCAACGUACAGUUUCUGACUGUAACAAAAAAUGGGAAAAUCUGCUGGCAAAGGCAAGGGAGGACAUCAGACGACAGAAAAGGCAGAUGAAUAAAGGUGAAUCACUGUGUCUUGAACAGUUCUGUACUGUGACUCAAAUUGUUAUUUCUGUGAUGAACCUCUCAGACAUGCUGCAGCUAGAAAGAGAGGACUCUUCUGCCUCAGAGCAAAUGGAAACUCAACAAAACAGUUCUGAUAAAGAUGGAAGUUAUCAUGUUAUAUAUAAAGUUUUUGCAAACAAGCAACAGAUGGAGGAGGACCUCCCCGUCUGUCCAGAUCCUGCCAUCCCUUUAAUGGAACAAAAAACAAAUAUCACCAAAUCAGUCACAGUACAUUGUAAUAGUCCACAUGCUGGAGUCUGUGCUGACUCUGGAGAACAUAUUGAUACUUCUAGCUCUACUUCUCCACCAUCGGCGCACUGCACAACAUUACAGGAGCGAAUGGAUUUGGAAAUGUCUGUGUUGAGAAGACAAGAGGCAGUUCUCAAGCUCCAACAAGAAUAUUACACACUUAAAAUUAGGCUGAUGAAGAAACAAAUGGAAGAAUCAGCUCAAAAGAACUGAAAUUAUGUUACACAUUUGUGUAUCUACCUAUUAUAUGUGACCUUCACAAACGACAGGAGGUAGUUUAUUUGAAGAAUUAUUCUACAGUAUGUAGUUGUUAUGUUGAGUUGCACUAAAGUAAUUGCUCUCU